AUGGCGGACAAGGACAAGGAUAAACAGUACAAAUACCGCCAGGAAAUCCAGCAGCCGUCAGAGCUCAUUCUGCGGCGUUCGACACGCAUCCAGCGAUCACAAUCGGCGAGACCAUCACAGACUCCCAAGCCGUCAAGAAAACCGAAGACGACCAGUUCGGCGAGCAAUACCACCCCUCAGAUCUCGCGAGGAAGGCCUCCUACCAGGUCCUCUGGCCCACGGCCACAGCAGGUCUCUACUCUCGAAAGCCAGCGGUCACUAACAUACACCCCUACACGUCGUGCCUCUACGGGCAGCGCUCCAAAGGAGCUUGUGGAGAGUUCCGCCAACAGUCCAGGCGUGCCUUCACAGCUUGUGUCCGCGGACCCAGUCAUUCACUCGGGGACCGCCUUAGCGACCUCUUCCGAGCAAUCAUUCCAGGAUUCGGAGUCCCUCCAUUCUGGAUCCCCUAUUUCCGGCAUCUCUCAGACACUUUCAGUUUUUCAGCAUUCUUCUGGCCCUUACAUGGAGGAGGAUGAUCAACAACUGUCCGUACCAUCAUCUGUCUCGAUGUCUAUCAGUAGCGGAUCCGAACCUUCCCCGCGUGCCCAUGUGUCUUAG